AUGGCUGCCAACUACUGGGAGUCGACCCAGCGUCGCUUCUGGCUCUUCUCGAAAGACGACCUCGGUGCGGUGCGACAGAAGCUGGAAGACGACAAUGCCGACCUCGUCCAGAUGUUCUCCCUCCCGCAGCAGCGGCACCUAGGCGUCUACUUCAACCAACAGGUUAAUCGCCUCGGUAAACGAAUGGUUGUCCGUCAACAGGCCAUGGCCACCGCCCAGGUCUACAUCAAGCGCUUCUACACAAAGGUCGAAAUCCGCCGAACGAACCCAUACCUCGUCGUAGCGACCGCCCUCUACCUGGCUUGUAAGAUGGAGGAGUGCCCACAGCACAUUCGUUUGAUUGUCAGUGAGGCGCGCUCGUUGUGGCCUGACUUCCUCGGACUCGACACCUCGAAACUCGGCGAGUGCGAGUUCUUCAUGAUAUCCGAGAUGAGCUCCCAGCUCAUCGUCUACCAACCAUACCGCACACUCAAUAACUACCAGCAAGAGCUGGCUUUGACCCAGGAUGACGUUGCGCUGGGCUGGUCCAUCAUCAACGACCACUACAUGACAGACCUUCCUCUUCUGUAUCCACCGCACACUAUUGCCUUGACUGCAAUCCUUCUCGUGUUGGUCCUCAGGCCGUCGUCCAGCAUGUCAGGAUCGAACCAGCCAACGGCGGCGGGCAUUGCUGCUGCGAGUGCGGCCCUAGCCCAGGCCCAAGGCAGGGCUCCUGGACUGCCUCCGACCCCAGGCACCCCGAACUCCGCGGACAAGGAGAAGCAGCCGGAUCUUAGGUUUGGCCGGGUGCAGCGUUAUGGUGCCUGGUUAGCUGAGAGUAGUGUCGACAUCACCGCCAUGGUUGACUGCACGCAGGAGCUCAUUUCUUUCUACGAAUGUCAAGAGCAAUACAACGACAAGCUCACUCGCGAGCAGAUCAAUCGCUUCGUCAAAGCACGGGGGCUUGACAAGUGA